GCAACAGAGGGGCCGCGCACGCAGACUGCAGGCCGGAGAGACAACACUUGUCCCGCCUUGACUCGGACACGACGGCGCUUCACAUGCAGCAAGUUCUGCUUUUCACUGUUGGUAACUUUGCACGGAGCUCCGGGACCCUUGAACGCAUCACGGGACGGUAAAACGUCCUGAAGUGCAACGUUUAAACAAGCUUUUCCUGCGUGGCCGCGUUUUGUAUCCAGGACUGUUUUUAGCGUUUUUACCUGCUGAGAGAGCUUUAUGGGCUUAUUUUAUAUUUAAGAACAAAUCUUCCACGUUUCCCUCGGUGCUCCAGCUGUUUGCCUCCACUCAUGCCGUCGGAGCGACCCCCCCUGGUCAAACCCUGCGCGCGUGGCGGCUCCUCUCCGCGCGGAACCCGGAGCUGCUAAUCGAAGACCUCACUGCGCCGUCCGGUCAGCGCGCGCUCAGCCGCAGCGGUGACGAUGCAGCACGAGCGCCUGCUCAAAGUUUUGGUCAUCGGCGACCUCGGGGUCGGCAAGACGUCCAUCAUAAAGCGCUACGUGCACCAGGUGUUCUCCCAGCACUACCGCGCCACCAUCGGGGUGGACUUCGCCCUCAAGGUGCUCAGCUGGGAUCACAAGACGGUGGUGCGGCUGCAGCUGUGGGACAUCGCCGGGCAGGAGCGCUACGGCAACAUGACCCGGGUGUACUACAGAGAGGCGGUGGGGGCCCUCGUGGUCUUCGACAUGACCAGACUGUCCACGUUUCAGGCCGUCCUCAAGUGGAAGGGAGACCUGGACUCGAAGGUGGCCCUUAGCAACGGACGGUCAGUUCCAGCCGUUCUAUUGGCCAACAAGUGCGACCAGCGGCAGCACGGUUUGUGCCCCAAGCUGCCCAAACUGGAGACCUUCUCCAGGGAGUACGGGUUCGUGGGCUGGUACGAAACCUCCGCCAAGGACAACACCAACAUCGACGCUGCCAUCACUUGCUUGGUGAAGAACAUCAUGUCUGCGGAGGAGGAGAGAGCCUCGAGCGACGCUGCCGCCGCCGCCAAGACCGAAGCCGAAGGCAGCGUCCUGGUUCUGCCUCGCUUAGACUACAACAGGAAGGAGAAGGAACUCGGUGGAUGUUCAGGAUGUUCCUCGCUUAAAGCCAAAGACGACUGAACGAGGACGGAUGGAUGAACCAAGAGACUGGAAGGAGACCGAAAGGAGAGCGAUUGUUUUUUCUGAAUGAUUGAUAUUUUCUAACUGAAGGAUGCAUCCUCUUCCUCCCCUUCUUCAGGGACAUUAGAGGAAACAGUUUAACACUUUGGGAUUUUUCUGAAAAAUCCUAAUAGGACAAUGGAAUUGUUGUGUUUUUUCCUUAAUGUGGAAAAAGGUGAUACUGGAAUGUUUUUAUGGAUUUUAAAGAAAGUAUUGAAAGAUUUUGUCUACAGGACUUGUUUGAUAACAUAUUGAUAACAACAUUUAAUAUCAGAUUAACAAACUAAUUAUAAAACUGUUGAUAUUCAUAAAAGUGCACUUUUAGUCACACCUUCUCCAUCUCUUGUCUGAACAUUUCCAAAGUCUUUUUUUUUGGCUUUGAUGCUUUUUUUUUGUACAAAACAGCAUAAUUAAAUUUAAACUUCUUCAAGCUGGAGACUAUUUCAACAUGUUUUUGUAUUUAAUUGACUAAUGCGGCAGUAAUUUUUGAAACUGGUCCAGUAUUGAUCGAGAACCCUGCAGCACACCCUGUGUCUAACCAAAUCUCGCUCAAGGAGAAGUCUCGUUACGAAGUCUCGCGAGAGUUGCUGCAGGAAGCAGGAGUGAGAUCUGGACAGAGAAGCACCAGGAAGAGUUUGUUGUGUCAGCUUAGUGUUACCUGAAAGAUUUUCAGUGUCAUGGCUGGAGCCACAAACACAGUUUUCAUAAGGUGGAAUUUCAUCACGCACGUCCAGCAUUUGCUCAUUCUGUCAUCGUUCACUCGUCUUCUGGCUGUAAAAAAAAGGAACAAAAGUUACAACAGCUGUAGAAUAAGAAAAAGCUCCUUCAAACCUCAUUUUAACGUGCUUUUAUUUUAAUUUUCUCGUUCCUUUUUUAAGCUGUCUUUGUUCUCUGAAUGUGUUUCUCACAGCCAUAAUUACUCUGUAGUUUAAGCUUGCAAACUAACCCUAAUUAUAUGGAACAUUGUCAAAAGCAGCAUGUGUUUCUCUCAGUGUGUGUGUGUGUGUGUGUGUGUUCGGCUCAGCUGUUGUCUCUAUCCCUGUUUUCCCUGAUGGGUUUGCACUAUAAUUUUGCGCCCACCCAUGUGAAUAUUCCCAUUCACUGGAGCAGAAUCUGCACAAUACCAACCUUCUCAGGGAAAUUUCCGUUUGUUCCAUCAAUGGGCUUCAUUCAUGCCGCAGCAUGCACUCACAGCCCUUCUCAGUCUUAAAAGGCUCACUUUAAGUGUGCUUGAAAUGACUGACAGAAAACGAAUCAAGUUAAAAUGACCUGAUACGUGAUGGAGAGACAGACGUGAGGCUCAUAUUUUCCUGCAGCACGGCUCUAAGGAGGGCAAUGUUGGUCCACAUUGACUGGCUAGAGUCCAGUGAUAUUUGGUACUGACACUCAUGUUUCCCCUCAGAAUGAAUUGUAAUGACUUUGCUGAUCCCUUCACUGUUCAUCUAGCGCCAUCAUCAGGUCAAAAUUUCAAUUUGUCUGACACUUUAUGAUCAAAUACCUGAAAAAGCACUUAGAUUCCCAGCAGCCUCACCUGUGCUAUGUGUAUAAAAUGUGAGCAUGCUAACACACUAAACCAAGAUGAUUAGCAUAGACAAGCUCUACCUGCUAGACAUUAUGUUAUCAUCAAUACUGUAAGUAUCUAUGUAUUUUACAGUUUAAAGAUCCAGUGUGGGAUUUAGAGCCAUCUAGUGGUCGGCUUGCAGAUUGCAGCCAACAGGAUCGCCAUCACCUCACCCUCAAAUAUUUACUUUACAAUCCAAAAGAUGCUGCAGCUAGGUUGUAAACAUCAGCCCCCGCAUCCCUAAAUAAGACCACAUGUGCAUUGUUGUUACCUCUGCCUGCUUGUCAUCUUUUGAAAAGCAACCUGCUGCGUUUCAGAGCAGUUUGAACCAGUAGAGGGAGCCACAAGCACUCAAAAGUGAGUGACAUCCAGCUGAAAUUUGUGUUUGCUAUGUGUGUGUGAGGACAAUUUACCGCAGAUAUUCAUGUUUGGAUGUUGCUUUCAUGUCCACCCCCUCCCCUGGUGUAGCAGUGACGCCUGUUAUUGCUGAAUAGCUUCUAUUUUGGGAUGUAAGCUCCCCUCCUCCCUCUCGCUGUCUCUCACAUCCCCUCCCGAUUCCCGUUAUCCCACUGGCAAAGCGAGGUUGAGUGAAAUCGAUGCAAAAGGCAAGCAGGGAACGACAGUGAUUGAAAGGAGGGGGGGGUCUCCUCAGGUGGUCUCGCCGUAUCUGUGCAGACGCUGGCUGCAGAACUGCUUUUCCUUCAGUCCUCCUGAGAAGAAACGGAUCACUGUUGCCUUUUUCUGCUGCCUUCUUCUUGAGGAAACUGUUGCAUCUUUGACAGCAGCGCGGGAAUCACGCUUUUCUUCCGUGAGUCGGGACAAAAGGGCAAAAUCUUUUUCUGCUUCCAUCCGUCUUCUCACACUUCCAUCUUGCUUUCUUUUGCAUCUUCACUUUACUUUCCACGUGGCUUGGUUAUGAUCGCGUGUUUGAAAAGUGAGCCGGUCGUGUGUUUCUCAGCUGUGUGUUAAUAACUGUGGUUUGAAUUUCAGUCGUGCUUCCCUUUUGUUUAGACUUUUCCAUAUUCUGCUUUUAUAAGGAUGAUAUUCCGAAAAAAUCCUCCUUCUAUCAUCAACUGAUGUUUUUCAUGCCUCAUAUGUUUAUCAUCAUGUGCCAGACGGAAGCACUUUUUAAUAACUUUACU